AGGGAGGCCAGUACUGAGCGAAAGCCUCUGUGGGUCCAUAUGGUCACUGCUUGUCCUGGCCCGUCCAUCAGAUGGUGUGAGGGGCCCAGGCUUCUUCAAGGCCACAGAUUUGGGGACAGCCUUGAAGCUGGAGGGUGCCCCUCUGUGUCCCUGGGGCUCUUGGGGAUGGGUGAGCCAUCCCUGUGACUUGGGUUUUCUGCAUCACUCUCUCCCCUUCAAGGGAAGGAUUGGCAGGGGCCCUCGGGGUCUUGAUCGCCCCCGGCUGGGGCUGCCCUUUGCGCCCGAGUGUUCUAGAGCUCCAAUGAGAGGCCCCGACCUUGCCCCGCCCUCCAGCCGGUGUGUCUGUGUGUAUAAAGGCUGAGGCCCCAGGUGGGCCCAGCCCGACCGAGCUCGGCUCUCCAUCGCACUGCCGGCUCAACGCGGAGAUGCUGUUUUGGCACAACCAACAGGAGCACUUGUGGCCCAGUCCCGGGGAGCUGUACCCCGCCGGUCCUGGCAGCCUGCUGAGGGAGCCCCUGCCGCUGCCCUACCUGAAGCAGGAAGAGCUGCCCAGCGUCCCCGGCGCAGAGCCGCCCUGCCCCGCGUUCCAGUACGUGCUCUGUGCCGCCACCUCGCCGGCGGUGAAGCACCAGGAGGAGGCCCUCACCUACCUGAACCAGGGCCAGUCCUAUGAGGUGCGGAUGCUUUGCGCCGCCAACCUGAGGGAUGCUGCCCAGUGUCCCCGACUGCUCAAGAGUGUGGUACGCGUGGUGUUCCAUGACCGACGCCUGCAGUACACAGAGCAGCAGCAGCUGGAUGGGUGGAGAUGGAACCGGCCUGGGGAUCGCAUCCUGGACAUUGACGUGCCAUUGUCUGUGGGGGUGAUGGAACCCCAAAUGCUGCCCUCACAGCUCAACACGGUGGAGUUUUACUGGGACCCCACUAAAAAGACUUCCCUUUUCCUGCAGGUUCACUGCAUCAGCACCGAGUUCACUCCCCGAAAGAAAGGUGGAGAGAAAGGUGUCCCUUUCCGCCUCCACAUCGACACCUUCAAGUCCAGUGACAAGGAGUUGGCGGCGGAGCACCUGCAUUCCGCCGGCUGUCUCAUCAAGGUGUUUAAGCCCAAAGGAGCUGACCGGAAACUGAAAACGGACCGAGAGAAGGUUGAGAAGCAGCCCUUGCACGAGAGGGACAAGUACCAGGUUGCGUGUGACAGCACGGUCUUCACGGAGUGUCCGCCGUGGCCCGAGCUCACCGUAGGGCCCCACUCACCUCCCGGCCCUCUGGCCUCCCCUCACGCCUCCAAGCUCCUGUCCCCUGAGAGGCUCAGCACCUCACCGCCGUUCGCGUUGGAGACUGUGGGGGGCAGCACGGCCGAGGAUCUGACUCCUGGAGCCUCCAUCCCAGAGACUCAGCAGUGGCUGCAUCGGCACCGCUUCUCCAGCUACUGCCGGAUGCUGGCCAACUUCACUGGCACCGAUUUGCUGAAGCUCACCCGUCAGGACCUCAUCCAGAUCUGCGGAGCUGCUGAUGGAAUCCGCCUUUUCAAUACUCUUAGAGCCAGGCCCAUCUGCCAUCGCCUGACUCUGUAUGUGGCUCAAGAGGCCCCUAGACAAGAGAAUGCUGUUUCUAAGAACUAUGACCCAGGCUUUUACCAAGAGAUCUCUCUGGAUGAGCUUAGUGCUGUCGAGCUGAUGGGGAAACUGGCUGAGUUCCUGGCCCUCCCAGCCAAUCAGAUCCAUUGCCUCUUUCACCAGGGCCCAGGGGGCAUCCUCAUUCACCUCAGUGACCAGGUGGUCCAGAAUCUUAAGGAUGAAUCCUACUUUGUGGCCAUAGCAAAGAAAGGUAGGGGUUUUAGAGGGCGCAGAUGGACCAUGUCUGGCUGCCGAUAGAGGGGUGAGCUUAUGCUGAGUGCCUGCUGCCUCCUAAAGGAGAUGAAAAGGCUCCCUAAGGGUGUCGAUGUGAGGUGCUGACCCAUCUACUGAGGGCCAGUUCUUAGGCAGAGCCACAGGGCUCACAGCUAUUUUUAGCCUAGGAAAGAUGUGACUGGCUAAGUGUACCCCACAAGAAAAACACCCCCAUUUCUGUUGUUGGAAAGUCGGUUUCUGCCUGCCAACACUCACUGGACCUUAGGGCUGGUGCUGGCUUGCUCGACACCACCACCCAGAGGGGUGGAUUUGACGUGAGCUGACCACCACCUGGGCUCCAGAUGCACUCCGGCUGCUCGAGGGUGGUGGCGGCUGGGAGGGCCUGCCUCAGUCCAAUGGUGCCCUCUUUACUGCUUCCAGUGCCGAAUUCAGACGGCUACUACUUGGUCCUGACCAAGGUCUAGGGGACCCUGUCCCCCAAGGCUCUCUAGGGCCAUGCUCAGCAGAAGCUUGGCUGACUGACCAGCAGAUGCCACACGGCCUUCUUUCAACUCAGCAGCAGUGCUUGUGGGGGCCUCAGACAGUGCCCCCUGCCCAGACUCGACUGAGUGGCAAAGUUUAUGCAGCAAAACCCACUCAAAAAGCCAUAGACCUCAGCAAAAUGGAACAAGAGCUGGAGCAUGAGCAGUGUUGGCUACUGGACAAGAGUCAAAUGCAUGUUGAUUUAAAACUGUCGUCACCCCUUGUUAAAUUAAAUGUUAGUUUAAAUAAGUA